UCAACUUCCUGAACACUUCCUGGUUAACUUACAGAUGAAUUUAGCAACAUCAUAGAGAAGUCAGUUUAUAAAAUACUUGGCUUCAUGGAUACACAAUUUUCAUCGACCAAGUGACAUAAAACAGUGGCAUUGAAACAAGAUUAGCAAUUCUCUUUACUGUCGUUAAUUCAUGCAGCGAGAUGAACAACCGUUGUUAUUGUUGUGCCUCAAAAUUUUCACUUUUCAAGAAAGAGCUGGGUUGUAAAAGUUGCGGUCGUUCUUUUUGCUCUGGAUGUCUUACUUACAACGCAGUAGUGCCUCGAUAUGGCAACACUCAGCAGAAGGUCUGCAAACAAUGUCACGGAAACCUCACAAGUAGCGAGAAACAAAACGACGCUGCAAAAUGGUCCCCACCUGAAAACUACAAAAAACGGAUUGCUGCUCUGGAGGCUAAACAAGGUCAGCCGGGGAAUGGAGGCAGCGGGAAAGCCAAAGCUGGCUCAGCCGUCACUCCCACACCAACCAGAGGCUUGAGUAAAGAGGAUCGGGCUAUCGCUGAGAGGCUGCAGAGACUGAAGGAGGACACUAAACCAAAAUCCAUCCCGUCAGAGAAGGAGAUAGAGUCCCGCCUAGCCGCCCUGAAGGCCCCCAGCCAGCCGGUUCCCUCUGCAGGGGAGAUGGAGGAUCGCCUUGCUGCCCUGCAGGGCAGGCCUCUCUCCUCUCAAGCUCCUCCCCCUGUACAUAAGCCGCCAGAUAACCGGACCCAGACAGAACAGGCCAAUGAUCUGAUAACACAAAUGUCAGAGGAAGUCGCCAUAGACAACAAUCAGCCGAAUCGUGAUGGGUUAGACUGCACUCUGAACGACCUGAACAAGCGAGAGGGACUGGAGGAGAACCUGGACGAGGGGCGGCACGAGGCGAGGAGGCUGGAGGCUGAGGGGAACCGCCUGCUGGCCGAGGCCGUGGAUGAGCUGAGGCAGGACCGGGCCUCCCAGGAACACGUCCUGCAAAUGGCCAAGAGACUGGCUCAGCUGAGGGGACAGGACCCUGACAAAGUCACCCUGGAGGACUUCCAGCACCCAGACAGCGAGGAGGAGUCCGAGGAGGAGGCCAUGGCCAGGAUAAUGAAACAGCUGACUGAGGAAGCCGCCCUGGACCAGGCCAGUGGGUACAACAUUCCUCCAGAGCACAGCGGCCCGAGGAACACUGAAAAGAAGGCUGCCAGCAAGACACCGGCCGCAGGUCCGGGCCCCCAGACCAGACCCUCGCUCGGGGCUCGUCAGGACUCUGACUGUGAUGACGAGGAGCUUCCCUGGUGCUGCAUCUGCAACGAGGACGCCUCGCUCCGCUGUCACACCUGCGACGGAGACCUGUACUGCAACCGCUGCUUCAGGGAGGGCCAUGAUAAAUACGACAGGAAGGAGCAUCGCACGGCCAGCUACACGCCUCCUCGGAAGACGAAGAACAGGACUUGAGGCUGUUGGCCUGGGGAGGCCCAGAGUGACAGUCUGGUUCUGUAGGUGGGACUGGGAACUGUACAACCCUUCUGGUUCACAGAACACCGUUCUAAAUUCAACCUAUUGUUCAGAGCCGGCGCAGAGCUGUAAUCAUGUUGCUACGUUAGCAUAAUGCCAAGUGGAGUUGCGGAUCAGGGAUGCAGAAUAAGGCUGUAGCUCUGUCAUGUACCCUAGAUUAAUCUAAUGCUGUAACAACAGUUAGUAAUUUUAAACUGUCGGGAACUUGUCAGAUUUGUCCUGUUAAUAUGUAAUCGCUCAAAUUAAUCUUUGUUUGCCAAUUUUAAUAUGUGACGUAACUCUGGUUUACUCACAUAACAUGUUAAAUAUUGUAUUUUAACAAUACUCUAAUCUUAAACUCUAAAUUGGAAUUCUUCUAAAUAAAGUCUGGUAGCUGGA